GCAGCCCCCCAGCCCCAGCCCCGCACCAUGAGCAUGCGGCCCCCGCAGACCGCCCUCGACAGAGCAGCCAGUAAAAAGCACUCUCACCUGCCCAGGUUGAGCAGCCUGUCUUCGCUGGGUGACUCCGCUCCAGAGCGACGCUCCCCCGGCCAUCAUCGCCAGCCCUCUGACUGCAGCGAAACCACAGGUUUGGUUCAGCGAUGUGUCAUCAUCCAGAAGGACCAGCACGGCUUCGGCUUCACGGUCAGCGGGGACAGGAUCGUGCUGGUGCAGUCCGUCCGGCCAGGGGGAGCCGCGAUGAAGGCAGGAGUGCAGGAAGGAGAUCGGAUUGUGAAAGUCAAUGGGACGAUGGUGACCAACAGCUCUCAUCUCGAGGUUGUGAAACUCAUCAAAUCUGGGGCUUACGUGGCUCUCACCCUGCUGGGGUCUCCGCCUCCCUCUGCGGGCUUCCUGAGUUCCCAGCAAGAUGGAGAGCAGACUGGGGCACCGCAGAUGGUGCCCUCGUGUCCCCCGCUGCCACCUCCGCCACCACUCCCUCCCCCUCAGCGCAUCACUGGCCCCAAGCCCUUGCAGGAUCCGGAAGUCCAGAAACACGCCACCCAGAUUCUCCGCAACAUGCUGAGGCAGGAAGAGGCGGAGCUACAGCACUUUUACGAGGUCUACAGCCGGAGCCCGGCUUCCCCCCUGGAGGAGCAGAUCGAAGGUGCCAAGCGGCGGGUCAGCCAGUUGCAGCUGAAGAUCAGGCAGGAGAUGGCGGUCUCCUCGGCUGGUGACUCCGGCUUUGUCGGUUCCCGCUCAGCUGAUGGGUUCCUUUCCUUGGACUCCCAGGAUGGCGACAGCGGCUUGGAGUCGGGUCCCGAGCGCUUCCCUUCAGUGAGCGAGCAGAUCUCUCUGCAUCGGAAUUCCGUUCUGUCCGACCCGGGAGUGGACAGUCCCCCACACACCUCCCCGGUCAUCCCUGCCUUCCAGCACCACUGGGGCCCCAGCGCCGACUCUCCGUUCUCCCCGGCGGUGGAACAGGGCACAGACGGAGCUCUCCGGCCCCUCAUCAUUGGCCCGGAGGAAGACUGCGACCCGGGGUGCUUUAACAACAAUGAGAGCGACUCCCUCUUCCAGGACCUGGGGAGGCUGAAGGCCCGGCCGGCUCACCUUGGGGUUUUCCUGCGCUACAUCUUUUCUCAGGCGGAUCCGAGCCCUCUGCUCUUGUACUUGUGCGCAGAUGUUUGCCAGCAGAUGAACCCCAAGGAGGCACGAGGACUCUGCAGAGACCUCUGGAAUAUCUUCCUCGACAAGAAUGCGCUUCUGAGGGUGAAGGUCCCCGACCAGCUGCUGGCCGAAAUUGAGACUCGCCUGCGGAAUGGGGAGGACCCACGGAGCGCCUUCGUGGAGGUCCAGGAGGCUGUCAUGCCGGAGAUCCAGGAGCAGAUCCAGGAUUAUAGGACCAAGCGGACCAUGGGGCUGGGGAGCCUGUAUGGGGAGAACGACCUGAUGGAGCUGGAGCGGGACCCCCACAAGGAGCGGCAGGUGGCUGAGAAGCAGGUGGCCCACCUCGGGGACAUCCUAUCCAAAUAUGAAGAGGACAGGAGCUCCCCCAUGAGUUUUGCCCUGAGCACCUACACAAGCCACGUGGGGAUCCGCAUGAGGGACCCGCGCCCCCCCAGCACCACGGAGAAGUUGCAGGCCCAGGAGAAGGAGAAGUGGCUGCCCUUCUUCCCCAAGGCCAAGAAGAGCAGCAGCACCAAGAAGGAGAAGGAGCCCCCGGAGGACAAGAGGCGGAACCCCAUCCUGAAGUACAUCGGGAAGCCCAAGAGCUCCUCCCAGAGCACAUUUCAUGUCCCUUUGUCCCCUGUGGAAGUUAAGCCAGGCAACGUGCGGAACAUCAUCCAGCACUUUGAGAACAGCCAGUAUUACGACCCCCAGGAGCUGGGCCUCCAGCGCCUCUCCACCGGCAGCUUCCCCGAAGACCUUCUGGAGAUGGACAGCUCCAAGGCAGAGGUCAAGCUGGGCCGGUCAGAGAGCCUGAAGGGGCGAGAGGAGCUGAAGCGGCUGCGCAAGGCGGAGAAUGUGCCUCGCUCGCGGAGUGACGUCGACAUGGAGGCUGCGGCCGAAGCCACCCGGCUCCACCAGUCAGCCUCCUCCUCAGCCUCCAGUCUCUCGGCCAGGUCACUGGAAAACCCCACUCCACCCUACACUCCCAAAAUGGGCCGCAGGAGCAUGGAGUCCCCCCACCUGGGCUUCAGCAUGGAGAUGGCCCUGCCGCAUGUCUUGGAGGACGACUUCAGCCAUCUCUCGGACCUGGAACCGGAGCUGGAUGCCCAGAACUGGCAGCACACCAUCGGCCGGGACGUGGCGGCCUUUCUGCCGCAGCGGGAGGUUGACCGCCAGGAGGUCAUCAACGAGCUGUUUGUGACGGAGGCCUCUCAUCUGCGGAUCUUGCGAGUCCUGGAUCUGGUCUUCUACCAGCGCAUGAGGAAGGAGAACCUGCUUUCUCGCGAGGAACUGGCGCUGCUCUUCCCCAACCUCCCAGACCUGAUCGACAUCCACAAUUCCUUGUCUGAAUCGAUGAAGAAACUCCGGGAGGAAGGGCCGGUGGUCAAGGAAAUCGGGGACCUCAUGCUCACCUGGUUUGAUGGGCCAGGACGGGAAGAUUUGCAGCUGGUGGCUGCUGACUUCUGCGCGUACCAGUCCGCAGCCAUUGAGCUGAUCAAGACCAAGAAGCGGAAGGAGACUCGCUUCCAGCUCUUCAUGCAGGAAGCGGAGAGCACCCCCCAGUGCCGCCGGCUGCAGCUGAAGGACCUGCUGAUCUCGGAGAUGCAGCGCCUGACCAAGUACCCCCUUCUGCUGGAGAGCAUCCUCAAGCACACCCCGGGGGAGACGCUGGAACACAAGAAGCUGUGCCGGGCGCGGGACCAGUGCCGCGAGAUCCUGAGGUACGUCAACGAGGCGGUGAGGCGGGCCGAGAACCAGCACCGCCUGGAGGCCUACCAGAAGCGCCUGGACGCAACCUCCCUGGAGCGCAGCAGCAACCCCUUGGCAGCCGAGUUCAAGAAUCUGGACCUCCGAAGUCGGCGCAUGAUCCACGAGGGGCCACUGAACUGGCGCAUCAGCAAAGACAAGGCUGUGGAGCUGCACGUCCUGCUGCUCGAAGACCUCCUGGUGCUCCUUCAGCGGCAAGACGAGAAGCUGGUGCUGAAGUGCCACAGCAAGACGGACACCAAGCAGACCUUCAGCCCCGUCCUCAAGCUCAACUCUGUCCUCAUCCGCUCAGUAGCCACAGAUAAGAGAGCCCUCUUCAUCAUCUGCACCUCCGAGUUAGGUCCCCAGAUCUACGAACUGGUGGCGCAGACCUCCUCGGAGAAGAACACGUGGAUGGAGCUGUUGGACGAGGCGGUGAAAAGCGCCACACGGAUCGCCACCUUCCCUCCCAAGCCCCGCUCCCAGGAGCUGCCUCUGCCCUGCCCAGCACCUGCCAGUCUGGUGCUCCAGGAGGCGGGACUUCCCCCAAGCCUGACCCACGGAGACGGGGCCUCCAGCCACGAAGCAGAAGAAGAGGCGGCUUCAGAUGAGACCCCCACGGAGGCCGUGGACGCAGAGUCCCACCUGGUGCUGCCGGGAGAACCCGAGGCUGAACACAGCCAGGAGCUGGAGGCGGAGGAGGAAGAGUUGCAGCCUGUUGCACUGAGAGGCGAGGGAAUUCCUUCCACGGAGGAGGAGUCCAGACUGGGCAGGCCUCUGGAGCCUCUCCCAGCCCCCGUCUCAGUGGCCAGUCUGGCCGAGUCGGCCUUGGAGGACGUGGAAACCCUGCGCCACCUCCUCCUGCAGAAGCUCCUGCGCAGCGAAGACCCCGACCCCGAAGAGGACUUGACCCCGACCCCAUCCGUGGUUGUUUCUGUGGGGCUGUCCCGGCAGGACUGGGGAAAUCAGGGGCCGGCCGUGGAGGGCAGAGAGCCGUCUCUGCCGGUGGACUCUGAAUUGAGCAUCGCUGGCCCAGAAGUGCCCAGGCCCCAGAGCUCCGGGCCCCUGGAGCAGGAGAAGGAGGGUGCAGAGACUGGCACGGCGGAAGACUUCCCCAUGGCUCAGGCGGGAUCUCAAGAGGCUGCUGAGGGGCCAGUGGCUACUGAAGGAGCAGGCAGCUUCCGCGUGGUGCGGAAAGCCACGGUGGAGGGAGCUUGCGAUGCCCACUCCUUACCAGCUGGCAGCCAGUCAGACAGUGACGCAGGAGAGGGCCCUCACCUAGAUGGGAACUGUUUCUACGUCAGCUUCCCAGGUGGUGCGGAGUCCCACACAGAUGCUGGCAGCCCGUGCCCCCCGGAGCCCCCAGACCCUCUCGGCCAGCAAAGGGCCGUGUCUUCUGCCAUACCCCUUGCCCCCCAGCAACACCCCCAGGAGACCCUGCAGCGGCCGAACGCUCUUGAUGGCUCCGUGCCUCCGGAGCAGCCCCCCUCUGGCCAAGUGGCUCGGGACGUGGCGGUCAUCUUCCGGACAAUCCAGCGGCUGACCCUGAAGCUGACCAGGCUAAAGGAUGUCGAAGUGGCCCAUCAAGAGCUGCGGCGGUCGCUGAGCACGGAGGCCUCCGUGGGCCCCCCCUCUGUGGCUGAGGCACCCCAGCGGCCCUGCCCAACAUCGCCAGACAGCCGGUGCAACCCGGAUGCCCUCCGGAACCCUUGCCCCUCCCUGCAGUCCCUGGCGGCUGAGCCUGGUCAGCUGCCCCCCUCUGCAGACAGCCACCAGGAAGUCACCCUCUAGGGAACCGGCCUUUCCUCGAAGGAAGACUCGCCAGCCAGCUUGGGCUGUCUCUGUGGCCCUGAGGGGAGGGGCUUGUGUCUCUCCUGCCCCGUUGGGACGGACGGACUGCCUGCCUGCCUGCCCGGGACGUAGCCUGCAAGCGGCCUGAAGCUGCAAAGAGAAACUGGAAUCUUCGUUGCUGGUUUAAUUUAAACUGUUUUUUAUGCGAUGCCAGGACUUCUUUCUUUCCAUCCAGUGACGGACAGCCGGGAAGGCCUGCCAGAGGGAAGCGUUGGUGCCCUGCCCUUGCCCUGCACGUCUGCGCCAGGCUUGCGGCUUGGCUCCCUGGUCGUCUCCCUCUCAGGCCCAGAUCUCUCCAUAUCCUGCAGACUUGCUUUCCCCCUGGACACGGAAGCUGGAAUAUAUUCUGUAUAAUUGCACUUUUUGGGGGGUGGUUUUUGUUUCUUCUCUCCUUGCUUCUUGGAGAGAGACCAGCUGCUUCCAGACCUUCAGUUUGAUAUAAAUAUGUAUGUAUGUGUAUUGAGUUACUGUAAAUAUAAGAAUAGACCGUU